UUGCGUGAUAAAGAAGAUCCGUUUGCACUGGAUGAAAAUACUUUCAGGGACUUCUUUAGACUUCCAAAAUCUUUAUGCUGGGACCUUAUCCAGGGCUUAAAACCGCACGACAGCCGCAAAUUUGGAAUUUCAUUUGAGCUUCGAUUUAUUUCAGUUUUGUACUUUCUCUCCAAUGGAUCGUAUCAAAGCUGUGUGGGAAGUGGUCACUUCUGUGCUAUGAGUCAAGCUAGUGUUUCACGCAAUAUUAAUUAUAUUUGCAGACUUGUAGUCGAACACAAACAUAGUGAAAUUAGCUUUCCCAAUACGACUGAACAAUACAACAAUAUAAUAAAUAAUAUAAAAAAAAAACUUUUUAAUAAGUUCGGCAUAAAGGGCGUAAUUGGUGCAAUAGACUGCACUCAUAUUGCCAUACUUGCGCCUGUUUCGUUAACACCAAAUAUUGUGGCUCAUGAUUACAUGAAUCGCAAGGGAUACUAUAGUGUUAAUGUUGAAGCGGUAAGUAUACAUACAUAUACAUAUGUACAUAUGCAAACGUUUGUGUAAAAAGUAUUACAAAUAUGUAGUAUUUCGCAGUUAAUAAAUAAAUCCACCCUUUCCAUAGGUUUGCGACCAGGACCUCAUCUUCCGCCACAUUAAUGCUCGCUUUCCUGGUUCAUGUCACGAUUCCGGCAUAUGGACGACAUCACCAGCAAGAAUAAAAUUAAUAAGGGAAUAUUCUCCUGGUUCUUUUAGGUGGCUUCUUGGGGACUCUGGCUAUCCCUUAGAGCCAUGGCUUCUAACGCCUAUUGCCAACCCUUCAUCACCCAGUGAAAACCAGUUUAAUAAAGUGCAUAUAAGGGCGAGGAACUGU